CUCUGUUUCCCUUCAUGUGUGUUACUAAUUUCCAGUGUGUGUGUGUGUGUGUGUCAUUUGUGUGUCUUCAAUUCCUGGAAUGGUGGGUAUCAAUGAGCUGUUUUAUUGUGAAGAUAGCAUUAAGGUUAACACACUGUAAAUAUUGGUAGUAGAUAAGGCUUGCAGAUCAAGGUAAUUAACCUACAUUUGUUUGAAUGGAAUGAAACUUACUAAAGGAUUUUUCUGAUUUAACAUCCUGUCCAAACCACUGUCCAAAAUUAUACCGUCAAAGUUAUUUUGUGGUCACAGCUUCAAUAGGCUGUAGACUUUUUUUUUUUUUUGUGUGUCCAGAUAUUUAUGACUCUUGACUUCGCUUGAAGUAUUUCCAGGUCACAACCUGAGUCCACUGCCCGUGUGUGUCUUGUUGUGGUGAUUAAGACUUGUGCUAAUCCUUCCUGAAGGGCACUAAGCCUGAGAAGUACGCACAUUGUCACUGACCCUGCUGAAAAUAACCCGCACAGGGAGCCAGUCAAAUGCAGGUGCACGCACACCAGCAGCAGUUUGGACUUCUUUUCGGUAACUCGGGGUGAAGACAGAAGUGAGGUCACAAUUGUAAUUCUCGAUCUCCUCACGCACCGUAACCAACGCUAGCAGUGAAUUAUUUGCACUCGCACACAUGCACACGCGCACAAGAGCUGUCUGUAAACACCGUUACUCUGUGCCAGCUCUGUUCCCUCACACCUUUUUAUUUAUUAUCUCAAAUUAGCGUCUUCUUACUUUAUAAAAGAACAAAUUACUGACACAUUUUCUGUUAAGUGCUGCAAAAUUGUAAAAUCCAUUGGACUGGGUUUUGACUCCAGCUUUUCCUCUGGAGGUGACCUUUUGGAGGAUUUUGAACUGAAUAGUUUGACAAAAGAAAUAAUAAUCAAAGCUUGGAGGUAUGAUUAUUCAUUUUCAUUUGGCAUGAGACUAUGCAAUCUUUAGCGAGGAAGUAUUCAGAGUAGUUAAACUGUAGAUGGUGUUAAAACUCUGCCAUGUAUGUACAGUGUAUGAACAGUAUGUAGAAGCAUGACUAUGCCUUGUACCUAUUAGAUUGUAAACAGAUCAGCUCUGAUACAAGUCUCAGGAUGUGGGACCUGUGUGUUUUUCAGUUUUCAUGUGUUGCUGAAAUCAUUUUCUUUUUAAAACUUUUUGUUUGGUGCUUUUUAUGCAUUUAACACUUUGCAAACACAAGCUUAUUUAACCUGAGUUGAGUUUGCUCUAUUUUCUUGACCAAGUAGUUUCUGGUGACAGGGAAAUUCAAAUUCUUUGAGACAGUUGAAUUAGUAAGUGGAGGUUGUUCUCUAAAUUCCAACAAGGGGCCAGAUGAGUAAAUCGUUCUUUAAUUGUGCAUCUAAAACAAAGAUGACCACGCGGUUGUUUCCGAAGUUGCUUCCACUAAAGUUAAUUUUUAACUGAACUGCUACAAGUUACCUUUCUGUCGUGCUGCAGAAUCUAUUCUGGUGGAGCAAGAGAUUAAUGAAUAAUCCAUUGAAGGACUAAUAACCUUGUGAAGCCCUUUUGUCUUGUAGUGUCUCACUAAACAUAUAUUGGUCGUAUUAAUGCACUCAGGGACUUGACCGGAAGACGAUACUGUGUCAAAUGGUCCCUCUCGUCCCCGCAGGCAGUCAGACACAAACAGUUGUCCACUUUUAAUAUUUGGGACACAAAGGAGAAUUAUUACUCUCUGUAUUGUAAGUGCUGCAGCAUAAAUACGCACUAUAAUUGAGAAAAAGUCAGCUUGAGGAAACAUUGGGCCUCGACUCCGAGCGUUUCUUACCAGCAUUAAAAACUCUCCACAUCUGUGUAUAACCCAAACAUCUGGUUUGUCCUGGCAGCAUUUUGAUCUGCUCUGUAACUAAAGGUGUUUAGAAGGCAACUGUUGCUUCUCCCUGUGAUUUACUUUGUUUUGCUUUAGUUCCGUUGCUGUCAACGACUCAACUUUCUGUUUCUGUAAAUCUGAAAUUACAAAAUCCUCCGUCCAGGUUUCACAGCCGAUCAGCCAGUUGUCAAACAAAUGAGGAAGGACAUUCUUGUAAAUGAUAAACUUCACAAAAGUGAUCACAGAGAGCAGUUAAUAAGUUGGCUGCUUAAAUGGCUCCUUUAAGAAAAUACCCUUUUUUUUAUAUAUAUUACAGCCAAAGUUUCAUUUUGAUGUACUUUUAAAGGUUGCAUCAUAGUGUCAUAUGACCAAUGCAGCUUCCCUCAGAUCUACAUAACAAUUUAGUGUUGCUUUAAGCACAUUUAGGAUCUUCUGCCCCCAUCUUUACUGUUGUACUUCGCUCUCUUGAUUCUCAUCAACUACGUUUUUUUAUCCGGCACCAAAGAACCUUUAUGCGCUACAGCACCAAACAGCAGCAAGACAGAGUUAGUGACUAACUGAGGACACAGUCGAGCAUUAAGCAGCUGAAAAUCCAGAUAUUUCAGGCCAAAGAAAAGUCACUAAACAUUCUUAACACUCUUCCUACUAAACAUUAAUGUUACUUUCUAGGUCCUCCACCCUUAGUUCCUAUUCUAUACACGUUUUUCUGUAACAUAGACAAGUGGCAGCAUGUGGAGAAGUGUAUGUUCAGGUAAUUUUUACUAAUCACAUAUAGUAAACAUUUGAGCAGCAUGAAUCGCACCCAGAACAGAUCUUAAGAUGUGUGUCUGUGUCCACAUCCGCUCAUCACUGUCAAUGUGUUAUUAUUAUUAUUAUUAUUAUUAUAAUGUUUCUUUAUUGAAGCACAAAUGUGAAGCUAUUGGUCAGGUUGCCUCAUGUUGACCUCGGUGGGAAUGGGAUGGUUGCCCCAAACUGUUGUUACAUGGUGCUUGAAGGCUACAUGUUGUUGCUGUUUUUUGUAUGUUGUUGCAUAUUUUCCAGACUUAGGAACUGUGGGAAAUAAUGACUGCUGCUGCAGGUCAAAUGACGUUGCAAAGUGAAGGCAACGCAGAAAAGUUUGACUAUGUCAUGAACUUUCUGAAAAAGAUGGCAGGAAAUGAAUAUGUGGGUUUCAGCAAUGCCACAUUCCAGUCAGAGCGUGAGUCAGGAGACAGGAACUUCGCCAUUGGCUACUACCUGAAAGAAAAAAAGUGUUUCCCAGAGGGGGUUGACAUGACCACUGUACUGGACCUGUACUUCCAACUGUGUUCCAUUGAGGUGACCUGUGAGAGCGCCAGCGUCAUGGCAGCCACCCUGGCUAACGGUGGCAUCUGCCCAAUCACAGGAGAGCGUGUCCUGAGCCCCGAGGCAGUGAGGAACACCCUGAGUCUGAUGCACUCCUGCGGCAUGUACGACUUCUCUGGGCAGUUUGCAUUCCAUGUCGGUCUGCCUGCCAAGUCUGGAGUAUCAGGGGGGAUCCUGCUGGUCGUGCCCAACGUCAUGGGCAUUAUGUGCUGGUCGCCUCCACUAGACAAGCUGGGCAACUCAGUCAGAGGAAUACAGUUCUGCACGGACCUUGUGGAGCUUUUCAACUUCCACAACUACGACAACCUGAGACACUGUGCCAAGAAGCACGACCCUCGCAGAGAAGGAGGGGACCUGCAGGUCAAGUCUGUGAUCAACCUGCUGUUCGCUGCCUACACUGGAGACGUGUCUGCCCUGAGGAGGUUUGCACUGUCAGCUAUGGACAUGGAGCAGAGGGACUACGACUCGAGGACGGCCCUCCAUGUGGCAUCAGCUGAAGGGCACACAGAGGUGGUCCGCUUCCUGCUGGAGGCUUGUAAAGUGAACCCAGUUCCCAUCGACCGAUGGGGCAACACACCAAUGGACGAGGCCGUGCACUUCGGCCACCAUGACGUCGUGACCAUCCUGAAGGACAACUACGACAGAUACUGCCCCCCCGCUGGGGCCGAUGAGAAGGCGAGCGUGGAGAAGAGCCUGGACAGUUUGCUGUAGGCCGGCCGCACACUUCUGCAACACGCCAGGCUUUCACAGUUCUCCUCCGUGCUCUUCUGGAGUAACUUCGUUCACCAGCGCUCAGACAUUUGCAAAUGUGAGGUGACUUGUUGCCGUGUCUCGCCUGUUGUGCUUUGCUUUCCGGGACCUCUGUCAAAAUGUGACGUGUGUUGUUUGUGUGAGUGAGCGUCUGAUCAAUACACUUGAGACCAAUAAUACAAUAUCUAAAUAUCAGUGUUUACGGCAUAAUGCUCACGUAAUCUGUCACACUGUAAAACACAUUUGUUAGUUUAGUUACAGUAAAGCUCUGUUUAUACUGGUUAUAUAAUGGUAAUAUAUAGUUUUGUGAGCCAGUGAGGUGUUUGGAAGUUAUGCUCUAGAUUGUAUGACGUGUCUCUGUUUGUGUAAAGAUGUAAAAAGUACCAGGCAUCAUACUACUCCUGCAGUUAUGUUCCCGUUUGAUCUCCUUGUACAUGUUGUUCUCCUGACGGCUGCGAGGACAGCAGCAGCUUUUACGAAGCUUCACUUCUGAUUUGAAGUCACAAAGAUUAUAUUCUGAAUGUAGGACACACUAGCAAUAGGAGCAGUGUGUAUUUAUUUCACAAAAAAAACUUUGUGUAAAAUUCAAUUUAGAUGUAAGAGAGUGUUAUUUGUUGCACUUGAGAUAAAGGCACAGUGGUUUCUCUAUUUUUUCUACAUAUUAUGUGUAUAUGUUCAGAUGUGUGUGUAAGUGACAAAUUGCAUACAUAAGCACAAUCGAACACAUGGUUAAAUUAAAAAAUAUUACAAUUAAAAUGAAACCAAUAGUAUUUUUUUAAGUAUUGAGCUAAUUGUAUGAUGUCACGAUUACGAUGGAUCAAAGUGAAGUAAACUGAUUAAUCCCUCGCUCCCGAUUCAAAUGUCUGUUGGACGUCGGCGUCAUGUGACAGAACAGAGACGCCACCAGUUGUCAAUAGUCAAAUAAUUCCUACUUUCUUUUCUGACAGCACACACAGACCCUGGACAUGCGUCUUACUGGGCUUUCCUUGACUGACUUUUAGAGCCAGGCUGAUUAUAUAUCAUGUUUUUUUUCCAGAAAUUUCCACAUUAGCGAGUCUGAUUCAUCCUCUGGGGACCAUGCAAUCCUUUUAGUAGCUGUAGAUGUUUAAGGACUGACCUAUGUUGCCAUAGAGCCGUGCAGCUAGCGUCACUAAAAUUGAAACAAUAAAAAUGUCUUAUGACUGA